AUGGUUCAUCCCCCUUCAACUAAGGGGCAUAAACUCGUUUUAGUCGAUUACUUUACUAAGUGGGUGGAAGCUAUGUCCAUGAAAGAGGUUAUACAAGCCAAAAUAAUUGAUUUUAUUGAGGAAUUGAUUAUUCACAGAUUUGUUAUCCCUCCAACUGUAACUACAGGCCAAGAAACUAUGUUCACAGGUCAACAAGUCGAAGGAUAUACUGAGUCGAAAGGAAUUAAAUUGAUACAUUCAACCCCAUAUUAUGCACAAGUAAAUGGCCAAGUUGAUGUUGUUAAUAAAACUUUAAUUAAGUUGAUUAAGGAACAUAUAGGGAGGCAGUCUCAAAAUUGGCAUAAUACUUUGAGUCAAGUAUGGGCUUAUAGGUGUUCCUCUCGAGAAGCCACAGGGUUGACUCCCUAUAAGCUGGUAUAUGGUCAUAAAGCAGUAUUGCCACUUAAAAUAAAUUUGCAAACAGUUAGAGUGACGAAGCAAAAUGAUUUACCUGUCGAAUAA